AUGGACAAAGGGAAAAAGCACUUCACCAAAGAUCUCUCAAAGAACCAAAAAACGCGAUCAAUCCAUUCAGAUGAAAGAGCUCGAGCGUGUACUAGCAAAACGGGAAAAAGAAAAACAAUAGGGGAUGUAUUUCGUCUAGCACUAGUGAAGCGCACACUGAUCAAAGGUGC